AUGGUUGGCCUCAUGUCAAAGGACGCUCCUAAAGACUCUAAAGACAACAACUCCAUGGUAUCAAUCGAGGGGGAGGGCGAAGAAAAAAAGGAGAAGAAGUGGCUGGGUUCGUCACAAGCUUCAGAUUUGCGGCGUAAUUUCGAGAAGUUCAGGGAUAAAAGCUCUGAUCAGCUGAACGUGUUCACGGCUGGGGCUGGCUGGUCGACCGAUCCACUCUGCACAACGUGUAAGAUGAUACCAUUCAAGGAGUGCCUACCAGGCGCCGCCGAGGACGAUGGUAACAGACCAACACAGGAUGCGAUCAUAUCCUACGCAAGCCUUUCAGUCAUACUAGCCAAUAGCUCGUGGUGCAAACUCUGUAAGCUCCUCUUUCAGAGCAUUUGCCAGCCGGAGUACGAUUUGCUGAAGGCACCACAUAUCAAGAACCAUCUUCCAGAUAACAAUACGUACAAAGACAUUAGAGAUGUCGAAGAUUGGACCCAGCGAUUCAAGUACUGGAAACGAGAUUCGCUGGGAGAUGAUAUCGGGCUGUGGCCAUUUGGAUACGCUAUCAGCCAAGACCAAGCUACGAGCUCAACACUGCAGCAAGCGAGAACGCUCUUUCUAGAGGCGGAAGAUCACGACAUCAACACCAGGAGCCUCAAUAUGAACGAGCUUGAAGCUAUGUACAAGUCUGGAGACACGGUAGCCGACACAAUGGUUGCAGCUAACACAGGCCUCGCGAUCGCUAAUCUCAUCACCAACGAGAAAAGCGAGGAAGUGCAGAAAGCAAUGGCGGUCACUCAAUUGCUGACAAGGCACUUCGCCUUCUUACAACUCAAGAAGAACAAGCGACUGCCGUGCAUUUUUAUGCUCAGAGCAUAUCGAAAAGACGAAGAGAAAAGAGGAGCCCUGAGCGUACGUGUCUAUGGGCACGGACGAGCAGCCCUCGCGCCUUUGAAAGAGAUAUGCCAUUUCAGUCUGCGGUUCGAAAGUUCCACCACCCCGCGGAAGGAAAAGCAGCAAAUUUGGUAUGGGCGAAUGCUUGGCGAUCGAAUCGAUGUCCCGUUCUUCAAGCACUGCGUUGAGGCUUGCACGUUGACGCACGAUUGUGGGGCAUUGUUGUAUGAUCCACUCGAUGAGUCUAUAUCAAAUCCAGAGUGUGAUGAGGCCGCCAUAUUUCGACUGGUUGACGUGGAUAAGAUGUGUAUCACGGAGAUGAACUUCUCUGCCGUAGUUCGCCUACGCUCCGAACUGAGGUACGUAGCUUUGAGCUACAGAUGGGGAAGUCUACCAUUACCGAAAGGCUGGAAAGAGUACACAAACGAUCAAGGGCGGCCAUACUAUUACAAAGGCGAAACGAAUGAAACAUCAUGGGAUCGCCCGACGUCAUUUAUACGCCUGACAUCACGCAACAAAGUCGACUUGUCCAGAGAGCAUAGUCUCAAAGCCAGAUGGGCGAAUGUUCCCAAAACCAUCAAACAUGCCAUCGAGGUCGUACAAGCUAUCGGCGAAAGCUUUUUGUGGGUCGAUCAGCUCUGCGUCCCUCAAGAGGGUGAUGAGCACGUCAAGCACGCCAACAUCCAGCGUAUGGGUCACGUAUACAACCGUGCCCUUUUCACCAUCGUUGCUGGAGACAGCUCGCACGCCGACGAGGGGUUGAGCGGACUCUAUGGUCAUCCCGAUCGUGGGAAACAGGUCAAGGAAGACGCAAUCAUCAAGAACACACCGAUGGUUCUGCCCACGCGCAUGGAGCUAAAUUACGGAGCUUGGGAAGAGCGGGCGUGGUGUUUCCAAGAGAAGCUACUUUCUAGGAGGAUGUUAGUCUUUGCAGGUGGAUUUGCAGUGUGGCAUUGUCGAGGAGGUACAUGGAGGGAGGAUGUCAAUGCACUGGACGGAGAUAAGUCGUUGAUCACGUUUCCGUGGCUGAGACUAACACCCUCACGAUCGCCUAACCAUGACACAUCGCCAGAAGGAUUGAGGACUUCACGAGAGGAUGGUAGUGUAAGACUUACGAGACUACAGUCGAUGCACCAGUAUAUCGAGGCAGUAGAAGAUCUUGGCGGAAGGACCAUAGGGAAGACUUGCGACAUCCUCAGUGCGUUCGAUGGCCUCGCAAACAUCCUUGGUGGCCCAGGCUUUCUCAACUCACCAUUUCGAAACGGGUUACCAUGCCACUUCCUGGAUGUAUCACUCUUGUGGCACUCAGAUGAGCCUAUACGCCGCCGCCGAGACGACUUCAACGGAAAAGGUCCGCCGAGCUGGACGUGGGCAGGCUGGGAAGCUGUACAGGACCCAUUGAGGUUCGAAAGUAAAGUCGCACGAGUUCGCUACGACCAGCCAUUCGACAUCUUGGUCUUAAACUCCGGCAUCGUCCAGCAGUACUGUACGCUCGGGGAAGAGCGCAUACGUCCUCGGAAAGGCACAUUAUACGGCGUCCAGAAGAAGCUGAAAGGUUUCUCCCUGCAAGAACUGGGGCUGUUUGGCAUGCCAACCAUGAGUGCUAGAGGACAUGGGGAUUGGGACUCAGCGGACGCCAAACCAGCACCAAAGCCGAGACUGGGCAUACCACUACAUGAGCUGAAAGAGCGACAUCUUAUAAUGAACACGGAGUCAGUGAGCCUGGACUUAGCUAGCGAGCUCUGGAAAGUCCAGACAACGACUAAACGCGAUGAUAAAGAGCACUGCAUCAUCAAGUUUUACGACACGAAACCCACGGAACCGGCACUGAAAGCAGAGGAGGUAACCCAGACAGAUCUGCAGAUCAAGACAGUAGUGUCUCGAGAACACUGGAUCAAGACCACAACGCAUCUCAGAGCCGGUACCGUGAAGUUCGAUACUGCCUAUGAUGCAAAUCGCGCAACUUCCGUAACUGCGAUCCUGUUGUCGGAAGCGCAGUACCUGGGUAACGAAACAAGGCCAGACGUUCUAGGCUAUCCGCUCUACAACAUCAUGCUCGUAGAGACAGUAGAAGUAAGAAGUGGUGUAAGAUUCAUGGAACGUAUAGGCCUUGGUAAGGUAUACAAACAUGCCUGGAGAGAAGCACGGGCGAAAAAGGAAGUGAUUAUUUUAGAGUAA